CCCGCGAGCAUACCUUUAUAAAUCGGUUCGGUCUAAAUUGUAACCUAACCACGGAUUUGUUUUAACGCUUAACCCUAAUCUCCGAUUUUGUAUUGUAUUAUAUUGGCAGUGUGAGAUAUUUUUCAUUCAUAAACUAGGAAAUCUGUACAAUAACUAGGACAAGGCGGCUGCAAGAAUGUAAACAACAAGAAAACGUACUUUAAUCAUGUAGGACUUAAUACAUUUUCCAUAUUUACUUUCCAGAUUACCGAAAAAGAGUAUUCUUAAGGAGGUCAAAGCAAAUGUUUGGCACGGACGUGUUUUGCAAAUGUCAUAGCAAAUUGACAAACAUGGAAUAACAAUUGAUUUACAUAUGAUAUGAAUAUUGUUAGCUAUAAAUAUUGUUACUGAGUGAUAUUAAACGUUUCUUAUACAUAUGGAGUCAGAUAUAGACAUUACACGAUUUGCUCGGUCGUGGAGCUUUUCUAAACGUUUCAAAACUAUCGCUGACCGACGACCAACGUGUAUAAGUAUACAGAAUACCGACGACGAUCUAUAUGAGAUUGAAGAUACUCAGUAUAAUUUGAAAAAUGUGCAAAACUGCGAAGACGACGAAAAUCCUGAAAAAGUCCGUCGGCAUCUCCCGCCGGCGACUGGAAAGUUUUCCGUCGGAUGUGUGGAUAUUAUGGACAAUGCAAGCGAACAAGGGUCUUUCUUUAGGUUAUAUUACCCAAUCGAGAAAACAGACAUAUUGAAACGAAACACACAGUGGCCGCUAUGGUUACCCAGGAAACAGUACGCGUUUGGAUAUGCUCGGUUCUUGCGGAGAAAUAAACUAAUGGGAAAAUUCUUCAACUGGCUCGGAGGUGAUGUCUAUAUCCCCGUAUUAUGGCAAGCUCCGCUUGUAGAAACUGACGAUAAAUUUCCGAUAAUCGUCAUGUCGCACGGUAUCGGAGGUAAUCGGACUACUUAUAGUACGUUUUGCUGUGAACUUGCAUCUAACGGGUUUAUCGUGGCGGUACCAGAACACCGUGACGGAAGUGCUUCCAUGACCUAUUUGUUAAAAGACAAUAUGAGAGGAACCGUGGUGGAGUUGAUCAAAGAUCACGAAUGCGGGAAACAUAAAAGACAUGCAAUGCAUAAAUCUAGUAGUUUUUCUGAAGAAUGGCAGUCUUUUGAACACACAGACCCUCUCGGAAUACAGUGGGAUGAUUAUGAAUACAGGAAUAAACAGGUUCAUCAUAGAGCCGCCGAAUGUAUUCGUCUGCUUGAUCUUCUGAUUGAUCUAAACAACGGCCGUAGUGUGAGAAAUUUUCUGGGCUUCCAUUUUAGUUUGAAACAGUUCAAGGGUCGUAUGGACAUAUCAAAGGUCGCGUUUGCAGGACAUUCCUUUGGUGGAUCAACAUGUGUGACCACACUAGGACAAGACAAACGAUUCAAAGCUGGCAUUAUGUUGGACGCGUGGAUGCAUCCUCUAAAUGAAGAUUUGUGCUCAAAAGUAACACAGCCAAUUUUAAUGGUAAACUACGAGAAAUUCCAGUGGCAGAAAAAUGUGAAACAAAUGGAAUGGCUUCAGUGUGAUGACGUAGAUAGACCAAUGGUCACACUACGAGGGGCUUGCCACCAAGCGCUUAGCGAUUUCCAGUUUCUUGUUGGCAAGGCGUUCGGUAAAUUUAUGGAAGUUAGAAGUGAGCUUUCUCCAAAAGUUGCCAUGGAUCUCAACACGAGAGCUACUCUUGGUUUUCUGUCGAAACAACUAGGUAUCGAUGGUUUAGACAGUGCGGAGGACGUGUUUUCAGGGACUCACGAGCAGGUUGUCUUGGGAACUACACUAGAUCUGACCUAAAUACCUGUCCUCCACAUAUAAGCUUUACUGUGAUAGUUUUUAUAUUUACAAAUUAAGUGCCACUAGUCUUUCUACGUUAUGAUCACAGUGCUUUAUUGAAAUUACCUUGUAAUGAACAUUUGACUCGUUGUUUCAUCCGGAUUUCAGGUGGUGUUUUCAGUAAACUUUUCUAUUAUAAUCAUUGACUUGCGGGUCGAUGAAAUUCUAAUAUUCCUUUUUUUCUUUGAAGCUAGGCGAAUAAAGACACUGUGGUUUUAAUUUACAGAGAACUAUUCUUAUAACGAUUAGCAGCGUUUCUAUAAUGUUAAGAAUAUCUUUUCCAUAAUAUCAUUUUGAUAAAAACGAAGGAAACAGCUUUUAUUUUAUGUUACAAGUGUUUUUUGUUUAUAUUUGCUUGAAAAAACGCGAUUGUUACAAAAUCUUAUUUGUUCCUCUGAUAACGAGUUAAUUAGAUUUUAAUUGAACGAUAACGCACAGCGGCGUUAUGGAGUUCUGGAACGGUUGCCAGUGGCAUGGCUUCGUAUUUUUUCCUUUUAUAUGAGGAACUCUCAGCAUAUUCACAAUCAUAUAAUCAAAUCAGUAUAUACAUGCACAUGCGGCUUACUAUUUAUAAACGUGAAUCAACACAUUACCGACACCGCUAAUUUAACAUUGUAUUAUGAAAAUAUUAUAUAUACUUAUAAUGGGCAAUUAGUGAAUUACACAUUGUCUCCAACGGGUAAUACAUGUAUAUUCCUUUAAUUGCGCAUUUUUUUUUAUUUCAUUUAUUGUUAUACGUAAUUACAAAAUUCGUCUGAAUAGCAGUCUUUUUAUAUACCGGUACAUUUAUUGCUAUUUUUACUCAGUCUAAAAGUGCCAUUUAAAUAAUUCUUGAAGAAAACCGAAUUUGAAGUCAUCAUUCAUAUAUGCAUAACACAAUUUUAGCAGCCUUGAACAAAAACGCGAUGUAAGGCUUCACAUAACUUAGUAUCAAAACAUGUACAGUAACUUCUCCAUGCGUUAACAUGAUAAGGGCAAUAGAUUUAUGUUUCGAACUUAAGAACAUAUACUUUCAUUUACGUAUAUUCAGUAACCUUAAGUGAAAAAGUAAAACACAAAGUGAUCUAGUGAAUUCUAAACAGUGAUAAAUGAAAACAGAAUAAGCGUGUAGUCUAUUGAACUGAUGUCUAAAAGUGUUCUUCUGCGUUAGCCACUCAGUAACAAUUUAGUGUAUUGUUUAUUUUUUUAAAAGGCGUUUAGUUUUAUUCCUUAUCGAACUCCUAACUUGAAUAUGAAUAUGUAUUAUGGUUGGUAAUUGUUCUAGCUUACUGUUUGAUCCAUCUUUUCUGUAACAAAGUUUUAACUUAAUAUUUUAAAUGUUGGACUAUACCAUUUUUGUUAUACGUCAUAAACUCCCGAGUACUUUUUUAAUAUUAAAACUAUCUUGAUGUAAUUUGACUAUAUCGUCAGGAAACGAUUUUGAUAAAGCAUUUUAUAAGUCAGUUUGGACAUCAGAAAGCUUUAAGACUUUAAUAUUAGUAGGUUGUUAGAACAUGCUCAGGAUAUCUUAGUGAGUAUUAAAAAUAUUUCCGCGUAAAAAAUGUAAAAUUCUGAGAAAGAUGUUGUCUCAAACUUCGACAUUUGCCAGAACUUUACACACAGAAAAUACAUUUUUGACUAUAAAAUUGACAUUUUUGAAAAUAUCUAAGCUUCUUCUACACCUCCUGUGGACUUUCCAGUUGAUGGACAACUUCCGUCUGAAUCUUGCUUUACCUUUACCCUGCUAUAUUUCUAAGAUUGGUCCAUCAUUCAAUUUGGGCUGCUUAUCAAAGGGGUGUUCAUUGAAAAUUUACUGACUGAAUAGCAAACAGUGCAUACCAUGAUCAGACUGCAUGGACGUGCUGGCUGAUCUUGGUCUGCACAAGUCGCAAAGGCAGAAUCACUUGCAAGUCAAGCUUUUACUCUGUAUCAUUACUGCUUUAAUCCAUACACAAUCUUUCCAGCUUCUUAAACUAAAUUACCCCAUUAGCGAAAUACAUUGUUCACAAUGAUGUCAGUUCAUAGAGAUAUUGUAAAUUAAGUGUUCUAUUUCCAUUUAAGCCUGGAAAAGAAUCUUUGAGUGGAAAUAAUUGCAUUUGAAAUAUUUGUCAUACCGGUAGGUUCUAUUAGAAUAAUCGAAGCUUAAUUGUAAAUGACACUGAGGGAAGUGGCUAAUGUGAAGGGUAGAGAACUAAUGAUAUUUUAUAUUUUUGAUAUAUACCAUUACACAAGUCAAAGCAUUUCAUGCGAAUAAACCGGUUUGAUAUUUUGUGAUACUCAUUUAUGUAUUGUAUUAAGGGUAUUCUAUGUAUAUCAUAUACUAGUGUAUUUUUCUAUUAUAAGGUAAUAUGUGUUAUAGGAACGGUUUCUGCAAAACUAGCGGGCAUUACGGCUGUUCCGGACAUCACGUAGGAAUUUAUUAUGAAUGGACCUAAAACAAAAUAUCCAUUAUUUUGUAAAUGUUCUGCACAAUUUGUCAUUCAAAGAAUUAGAAAAAAUUAUUACAACAAAUUCUUUCUUUCAUUUUUACUUUGAAAAUGUUUUCAUGUACUGUUUUAUCGUUUUUGGGGGUUUUAGCCACUCCCGUUAAAUUGAAAGUCAUAUUUUUGCUGUGACUUUGUUGCAUUGACAGUAGAUUCGUUUUACUCUCAGAAACAGUUCGUUACUUUGUCUUUCACUAUUUCACUUCACUUGUUGCAAUUUUUGUCUUGUAUAUUAUUUUUUUAGCUUUGUUAUAUUGCAUCUAUUAAAUGUUUGCAACAGUUACUAUUAAAGUUACUAAAGUUUAUACUUUGUUCAUUAAAGCUCGGUCUAAAACUAUUUUAGAACCAGAUUUAAGGUUAAUUUGAUGAACAUUUUUCUCCUCAAUAUUUUAAUUCUAAAUUGCAUCACGUCAAUCUCUAUGACUACGAGACAGAUAGGUAAUGUUGUGAUGUUAUAUUGUAUGAACGUAGCUUAUUCGUUUUUAUUUUAUAUUGUUUUAUUUUCUGUUAUUAUUAUAAAAAAUGGACUCUGUAAUUCCGAUUUUAAUCAAUGCACGACUUUCUUUUUCUUGUUGAAUCUUGUACACAAUGUGCUCAUUGUCGAAGCUGUAUGCUUCUAUGCUUCUAUAUAAAGUUAUGUUACUGCUUUACAUUUUUCACAUAAAUCACUGUUUACAAAUAUGCUUUCAGAUGAUUUUGUAUUGCUGUAAUAAAAGAAAAAACCUAUUAAAUGACUUGCGUUCUUG